AUGCCCACGUUCUCCGCAUUGAGGUUCGUCGUGCACGGCUUGUUCGCGAUGACACUCUACUCUGGUUAUCGGUACAUGUACUCCUCGACUCAAACCGAACUUACGACGCUCACCUCAACACACACAUCUGGAUCCCUAGGCCGGGGUGUGACGCUCCCCGACGGACGCACCACCAUCUCACGUCGAACUGUAGCCAUCGCCGACCUUCACGGUGACUAUCAACACGCCCUCAAUGUCCUCUCCAUGGCAUCGCUCAUCUCUUCCUCCUCUACAUCCACACCACCAACCUGGACUGGAGGACACGACCUACUGGUGUCUACUGGCGACAUUGUCGAUCGCGGCGACGAUACCAUCCCACUCUACCGGAUGUUCAUGUCGCUCCGGUCUCAGGCGGCUUCCGCUGGAGGAGAGGUGAAGAACUGCUUGGGAAACCACGAGUUCAUGAACGCAUUGGGUGAUUGGAGGUACAUCACCAAAGGAGACGUCGAUAGCUUCGGUGGUGUCGAGAAACGAAGAGCUGCAAUGUCGGUUACUGGUUGGAUCGGUCAGGAAUGGUUGAACAACUACAACGUCACACACACCAUCUCCCUUCUUCCCGAAUCACAUCCUCAGUUACCAGCCAACUAUAUCCCUCCUCGUAUCAGCUUUGUUCACGGUGGAAUCACACCCGAAUACGCCUCCCUCGGUAUCAACUACAUCAACUCGGUCGGCAAAUCCUUCCUCCACAAAGCCCUCUCCUCCACGGACCCAGAAACCUACCUUCCACCAAACACCACUCCCGAAGAACGAGACCUGUACUCGGAAAACGGACCUCUCUGGUACCGCGGUUUCGCCACCGACCCUGGCCCUCUCGCCUGUUCCAACUCCCACUCCUCCACCACUCACCUCAACGUAUCCGCCCUCGUAAUGGGUCACACUCCCAAUUUCGACGGCUUCAUCACCCGCUGCAACAACUCCAUCCUCCUCAUAGACACUGGCAUCUCCCGCGCCUACGGCGGCCAACAAUCCGCCCUCAUCAUAGACUUCGACCUCAUCCCCCUUCCCUCCUCCCCCCACCUCUGGAAUCAAAAACAAACCCUCACCGCUCUAUACCGUUCCCGACCCCCCAAAAUCAUCUCCUCAACUUCCACAAACCUCCGACUCUAA